UCAGUCCCUUCAUUGGCUAAAUGAAUGAGAUUUAGGGAUGUAUAUGGCAGAAGGCUAACUAACCCUUUCGUGUCCCUGACGCACUGUUUUGGUGGCGAUGCUUUGCACUGGAGGUGUCCUGCAUCAUUCAUCUACUCAGUCAAAUCGUGCUGUUAACUGCCAACAUCUGGGAGCAUUCUAUGGAUAGAUCCACACUUGCCCAACAGGUGGAGAGCGUUGAGCGUAAUGUAGCAUUUUUGCAGCAGGAACAUCGGAUCCUCCUGACCGGUCUACGGCUAGAGAUACGCAACCUGAAGAAACGAUGCAAUGAGCUGAGUUGUGAUCUAAGUGAAAGACCACCAGUAAGAAGCCGAGAAGGUGAGUAUAAAAUAUCACAAAAUUCCAGCCAUUUCCACAUGUUCUCUCAACUGUGUGUUAUUAUAGAUAUCGAGUUGGAGGAAGAGCUGCUGCAGGCACGAUUACUGGAGACAGAGCAGCAUUUGGCUGAACAGGAAAGUGCAAUGGUGGAGCUGCGGGCAGAGCUACGGAAAAAAGGGGCACUUGCAAGUGCGCUGCAGGUUCGACUUCGAGAUGAAGAGCGGCGGUUCCUGGAUGAGCUUAAACGGCGCAGUCAUAAGAUCACAACGCUGAGUCGUGACCUCCGCAAACAGACCGAUGUGGCCGCUCAACUCUCUUUCCAACUCCAUUCAGCACACUUUCGAUUGUAUCACCAGACAGAAGACUAUGAGGAAGAUGACGAAGAAGAAGAUGAUGAAGGAGGUGCCGUGCAGGAAUCAGAAUGGACUGCAAAUUCUCCGUGGACAUCUCCAGUGACAGCAGAAAGCACACGUCAAAGCCGAGCUUCAGGAAGGAUGCGGAGAUCGGAGAGAGUGAGGGAAUGUGUGCCCCGUGAAAGGGUGCUUGGGCCCGAGGAGCCCCGCUCUAUGCCUGACCCCGCCCUUUUCCUUUAUCCUUUCAGACAUAGGCUCCUCCCCUUGCACAGGUCACUUGGAAGUCACUGGAGUGAAGGCGGCCUUUCAAGAAUGUCAGAAGCCCGAAUAGGUAGAUUCAGGGACCGACCACUGAGAGAAGACAUUGGACCAGAGACAACAGAGUUAUAGGGUGCAACAGUGCCCAUCCCUUUUUUCAGCAGCCUUUGUCCCAGAAGUAUUUUUCCAAUUCAUUUUUCCUGUAGGAUUUUUAAAAAGUCUUUGUUUAGGAGUUAUGAGCCAUGAACCAAACCAACCAGUUACAAUGCGAAUCACAACAUUACAAAUUUUUAUUUGAAGCAAAAAUAUCUGACAAAAAGACAAAGGUACAAGACUGUACUUCACAGCUUUAAUGAGGGAAAGAACUACAAUCCCAUGAAGCACUACAAAUGACAAUCAAAAUUACAUGAUUGAGAAAUAUAAAAUUAUUGAUUUAAAGAUUAUAUACCUGUAUAUAGAAUUUAGCAUAUUAUGCAUACAAAUUAGUGCUGUCAAUUGAUUAAAAAAACUAAUUAAUCACACAUUUUUUCUGUAAUUAAUCGCGAUUAAAAACAUGGGAGUUUUUAAUAUUUUUAUAUUGUAAUAAUUUCACAGUUACUCUCAAAAUUAAUGUAGAAACAACUUAAAGACAGUUUAUUUUAAAUAUUUGUUUAAUGGCAUCUUUUUAUGAAUGAAGGCCAAUAUCACUGAUACUAAUACUGCUACUGAUUUUUUUUUUUAAACAUUAAUUAUAGACAUUCAACAUUACAGUAUAACUAAAAGCUAUCAAUUUCAACAUUUAUUAGGCUUUAAAAGUAACUUAAUUUAAGUGAACUUAAAACAAUCUUCACAUUUGUUUUAUCAAUGGAUGGUUUUAUGAAUUGUGUUAUGUAUUUGAUUAAAUUUUACUAGCAUGUAUUUUUAACCACAUAUUUACUUCUAGGGUGACUUGUAACAUUCUGUCCAGGGACUACAGAUGAAAAAUAGCCUUUGGAUAAUUCUGGUGCAUUUACAGAAAUGUUUUAUUAAUGUACAAUGUCCCUGUUACCUAAACAAAUAAAAAACGAAUAAAAUAAACACAUUAUAAUAAAUGUCAUAUACCUGUGGCCUUCCUACCUGUCUAACAGGUAGGAAAUAUACAGAAAUUGAAUAAAGUUAUCAAACACUGUACAGUCUUCACUGCAUAAAUUAUAAACUAAAUAUAGAUUAAUACUUAUUAAAGCUACGAUUUUCUCUGUUACCUUUGUUCUUUGAUUAACAUUAAUGACAGACAUCACAACAACUGUUGUUUAUUAGGCUGCUGUGACUUUAAAAGUGUGAAUAAAAGUCUGAUCAUAUAAUGUAAUGCUAGCCAAAUUAUGACGGAAAAAACAGAUGCUGCGUUAAUUGCUUUAAAUAUUUUUAUUAAAUAUUUAAACUGAAAAAAUUAAUCGCAUGCAUUAACGCGCUAAAUUUGACAGCACUAAUACAAAUAUUUAAAUAGUUUUAAAGUGUGGGGAAGCUGACUCUACAUCAUUUGUGGGGCUUCAUGGGAGUGGGUGUGCCGCGUGUGUUCUUCUCUGAUUGGUCAAUUUCUCUGCAGAAUCAUGGGUAAUGUAGUUUUUCACCUGGAAUUCUGCUGUUGAACACAAUUAUUAAAAAAUGUGUUGAAAUUGCAGACUGUUGGCUUCAACAGAAGCAUAUACCAUAAUUUAACAAACUUGCAGAUCACAGUAGGUUAGUCUUUUAAAAAUUAUCGUUCAAAAUCCAUUCCCCUAUGGAGAAAAUGAAUGGGACUUUUACUUCCGGAACAUGUAAAGGCUGCAUAUGAAGAUUUUGGAAAAUUAGUCUUCAUUGUUGAAUCCAGAACACUCUAUAAACAAGUAUUUACUUUCCAUGCAGUAAUUAUUUGUGUCAAUGAAGUGAAUUAUUCUGAUCACAUUAGACAUUUUAAAAGAACAGGGAGGGCAGAUGAGGUAAACAGGUGUAUUAUAUUACUUUUGUGUUUUUGUUCUCUCUGUCGCUAUAGACCUUAUUCAGAGAAGCGCUAUGACAGGUAUGAAAGCGAGGCUGUAAGGGAUAGACUUGCCAUGUUUUCAGUGGUAUCCGCUGUAAAAAGCUGUAUAAAGCUCCUAGAUCCCUAGAUUAGAUUCUUGGAAAGAUAUUUUUGCAGCGUUUCGUCAGUAUAACAAUCCAAAAACACAUUAAAUAACAGUACAACCUACUGAAGAGAUGUAGGUCUAUCCCUCACAACCUCGCUUUCAUUCCCAUUAAAAAUCAAAGAUGGCGCUGCUGUGAAUAAGAUCUAUUGGGAAAGAGCUUUAUGAUGUAUUGAACAUGUAUGAAGUGAAUCAUGGUUUAUUUAUUAAAUAAUACAAAAAUGUU